AUGGUUUUGGCGAGGACCGGCAGGAGGGAGAGGAAGGUGUGAGAGGAGGAGAGCGAGAGCGAGCGAGACAGCCAGCAAGUGAGAAGAGAGAGUGACCGGGAACAAGUGCAGCCGCAGACCAGGAGCUGAAGGGCUACAGAAAGAUGCAAGGGGAGUUCUGAGAUCAAGGCAUUUGUUUUUCUUAGAUUUCCUGGUUGUCUCCUCCUUCUCGGUGAAUCGUCAUGAUGAAUACAAUGAGCACGUUGCAAAAUUCGAAGAGAUUAGCGUCAGCAAGGCCUGUCGCCCGCAAACCGCCUGGCCAAGAAUGGCAAGAAACCUCGGUUGAGCUCAUUCGAUCUCUGAUGGAAAACAUGAUCACAACACGUUCGAUCGAAAUGAAAAAGAAGUGUAUGCAGUCAAUCGAAAACGAGGUGUCGAAACUCGCGUAUGAUAGUGCCAUCCUUCAACGGGAGCGCAAGAGAUACGAUGAAGUUAGUGACAACACUCAGAACGCGAUUGAGAGGUACGACAAAGACAACAGGGCGCUUCGAUUGCAAGUCGAAGAGCUACAACAGCGCAACCUGUAUCAGGAGAGCAAGACACGAGAGCUGCAGGACAGGCUCAUUGAGGCUGAGAGAAAUGUGCAGCGAUUGAGUGUGGAGGAGGGAUGCCGCGAGAGGCUGGUACAAGCCCUGCGUCAGAUCGAGGAGGAAUCGCAGGCGAAGAUGAUUGCUGAGCAGCAAGUUCGUGGGCAGAUGGAUCGCUUGCAAGCCCUAACGGCUGAUCGAGAAGAGCUCAUGCAUUCCCUCGAACGAGAAAAAGCUGAGAAAUC